CCCGGCGUGCGCGUCCUCCCGCCGGCCUGCAGGCCCGGGGCCUCCGCCUGCCAGCCCGCCGCUGCUCUUCGCGGCCCCGGCUCGCGUUCACGCUGUCGCCCGGGCCGGCGCGGCCGCGGGCAACCGCUCCCCCUCCCACACCUACCCCGUCCCCUCCCCGCCUUUUCCGCCCUCGCGUCCCCCUCCCUCGGCCAGCCGCCGCUGCUCCAGAUGAGGUGAUGGCAACGGCCAACUUCGGCAAGAUCCAGAUCGGGAUUUACGUGGAGAUCAAGCGGAGCGAUGGCCGAAUACAUCAAGCAAUGGUAACAUCUUUAAAUGAAGAUAAUGAAAGUGUAACUGUUGAAUGGAUAGAAAAUGGAGAUACAAAAGGCAAAGAGAUUGACCUGGAGAGCAUCUUUUCACUUAACCCUGACCUUGUACCAGAUGAAGAAAUUGAGCCCAGUCCAGAGACACCCCCACCUCCAGCAUCCUCAGCCAAAGUAAACAAAAUUGUAAAGAAUCGACGGACUGUGGCUUCUAUUAAGAAUGAUCCUCCUCCAAGAGAUAAUAGAGUGGUUGGUUCUGCACGCGCGCGGCCUAGUCAACUUCCUGAACAGUCUUCCUCUGCACAACAGAAUGGUAGUGUUUCAGAUAUAUCUCCAGUUCAAGCUGCAAAAAAGGAAUUUGGACCCCCUUCACGUAGAAAAUCUAAUUGUGUGAAAGAAGUAGAGAAAUUGCAAGAAAAACGGGAAAAAAGGAGACUACAACAGCAAGAACUUAGAGAAAAAAGAGCCCAGGAUGUUGACGCUACAAACCCAAAUUAUGAAAUUAUGUGUAUGAUCAGAGACUUUAGAGGAAGUUUGGAUUAUAGACCAUUAACAACAGCAGAUCCUAUUGAUGAACAUAGGAUAUGUGUUUGUGUAAGAAAACGACCACUCAAUAAAAAAGAAACUCAAAUGAAAGAUCUUGAUGUAAUCACAAUCCCUAGUAAAGAUGUUGUGAUGGUACAUGAACCAAAACAAAAAGUAGAUUUAACAAGGUACCUAGAAAACCAAACAUUUCGUUUUGAUUAUGCCUUUGAUGACUCUGCUCCUAAUGAAAUGGUUUACAGGUUUACAGCUAGACCACUAGUGGAAACUAUAUUUGAAAGGGGAAUGGCUACAUGCUUUGCUUAUGGGCAGACUGGAAGUGGAAAGACUCAUACAAUGGGAGGUGACUUUUCAGGAAAGAACCAAGACUGUUCUAAAGGAAUUUAUGCAUUAGCAGCUCGAGAUGUUUUUUUAAUGCUAAAGAAGCCAAACUAUAAGAAGUUAGAACUUCAAGUGUAUGCAACCUUUUUUGAAAUUUAUAGUGGUAAGGUUUUUGACUUGCUAAACAGGAAAACAAAAUUAAGAGUGCUCGAAGAUGGAAAACAGCAGGUUCAAGUGGUGGGAUUACAGGAACGGGAGGUCAAAUGUGUUGAAGAUGUACUGAAACUCAUUGACAUAGGCAACAGUUGCAGAACAUCCGGUCAAACAUCUGCAAAUGCACAUUCAUCUCGGAGCCAUGCAGUGUUUCAGAUUAUUCUUAGAAGGAAAGGAAAACUACAUGGCAAAUUUUCUCUCAUCGAUUUGGCUGGAAAUGAAAGAGGAGCUGAUACUUCCAGUGCAGACAGGCAAACUAGGCUUGAAGGUGCUGAAAUUAAUAAAAGCCUUUUAGCACUCAAGGAGUGCAUCAGAGCCUUAGGUAGAAAUAAACCUCAUACUCCUUUCCGAGCAAGUAAACUCACUCAGGUGUUAAGAGAUUCAUUCAUAGGUGAAAACUCUCGUACCUGCAUGAUUGCCACAAUCUCUCCAGGCAUGGCAUCCUGUGAAAAUACUCUCAAUACAUUAAGAUAUGCAAAUAGAGUAAAGGAGUUUGGAAUUAGUCCAUCAGACAUUCCCUUCUCACAGGGUAGUGGCAGUCGCCCUGAUCUCUCUCCUUCUUAUGAGUAUGACGACUUUUCUCCUUCAAUUACCAGGGUGAAAGAAUUGACUGUGGAUCCAACUGCUGCUAGUGAUGUCCGUCCAAUAAUGCACCAUCCACCAAAUCAGAUUGAUGAUUUAGAGGCACAGUGGGGUGUGGGGAGUUCCCCUCAGAGGGAUGAUCUAAAACUUCUUUGUGAACAAAAUGAAGAAGAGGUUUCUCCACAAUUGUUUACUUUCCACGAAGCUGUCUCACAAAUGGUAGAAAUGGAAGAACAAGUUGUAGAAGAUCACAGGGCAGUCUUCCAGGAAUCUAUUCGAUGGUUAGAAGAUGAAAAGGCUCUCCUAGAGAUGACUGAAGAAGUAGACUAUGAUGUAGAUUCAUAUGCUACACAACUUGAAGCUAUUCUUGAGCAAAAAAUAGACAUUUUAACUGAGCUGCGGGAUAAAGUGAAAUCUUUUCGUGCAGCUCUACAAGAGGAAGAACAGGCCAGCAAGCAAAUCAACCCGAAGAGACCCCGUGCCCUUUAAAUCAGCAUUUGCUGCUAAAGGAUUCCCAGAACCCUCGCUACUGUAACAUACAAUGGUUCAGCUGUAAGGGCCAUUCGAAAGUUUGAAAUUUUAAGUGUCUGUGGAAAAUGUCUUGUCCCUUCAACCUGAAUGACAUUUCAAUUUUGUGAAACACUCCUUUGUCUACAAGAUGCUUCUAGUCCAGGAGGCACAACCAAGGUUUGGGAAUAGUGAAGCAUUUUGUUUCAUUUACCCACAUAGUGAUUUACUUUUGAAGAUCCUUGCCAAUUUUAUUUUCUGUAUGAUGAAGUAAGAUUGUGGACUUGAUCCAGAGGUGAAUAGUAGGGGGAAGCCACAGCAUUUCCUUUUAACUCAGUUCAAUUUUCAUAGCAAGACUGAGCAGUUUUAAAUCCUUUGCGUGCAUGCAUACCUCAUCAGUGAUUGUACAUACCUUGCCCACUUCUAGAAACAGCUGUGCUCACCUCUUCCUGCUUUGUGCCUUGACUAAGGCUACUGACCCUAAAUUUCUGAAGCACAGCCAAGAUAAAUUACAUUCCUUAUUUGUCAUUGUAAAUUACCUUUAUUGUGUGUACAUUUUUACUGUAAUUGAGACAUUUUUUGUGUGUGACUAGAUUUGCAGGAUGUGCCAUAUCAAUGAAUGGAACUAAAGUCUGUGACAGUGGACAUAGCUGCUGGACCAUUCCAUCUUAUAUGUAAAAAAAUCUGGAAUUAUGAUUUUAAAACCAUAUAACAUGUGGUUAUAAUUUUCUUAGCAUUUUCUUUGUAAAGAACUAAAAUAUAAACUAGUUGGUGUAUAAUAAAAAGUAAUGAAAUUCUGAAAAGAGUUUUAUCUUAGGAUAAUACAUAUAUAUGCAGUGUGUGUUCCAGUGUGGUAUUAACAAGACUAAUAGUGCAAUUUGAUCUUUACCAAUACCAUUACUUAAGUUGAAGUGUCCAUUAGCACCCCAAAAUGAACCUUUUAAAUGGUACUGUUAAAGGAAAUUGGCUUCUGAUGCAUGAAUAUGUACAUGUACAUUGAAAGUAGUCCAUAAUAGAACUGUUAGUUUAAGCCAAGAAUAGACAGUACAUAACUCUCUUGAAAAAGAAUUUAAGCUAAGAAAGAGAUGACUGUGCCUUGAAAGGCACAUCUGACCCAAGCUCCAGCCAUUACCUAAUGUAUGAGUUUCACCAUGAUUUGAUGAGCAUCGCUGAAUUCUCACCAAUCAGCUCAUCUAGGGCAUGCUGCUUUUUAAAUGGUGGCACUUAUUUUUACAGAUUGCUAUUCCAAGGAAGAAAACUGGCCACUUUUCAUGUAAAUAUUUUGUUAGAAGAUUUAUAUAUCUCUCUAGGAGUUUUCCCUCAGUUCCCAGGAUAGUGUCUAGGAGUACGUUAACAAAAAAAAAGUCUCCCAAGGGUGUCUUGUUUUGAUUUACUCUAGGGAACUACCAGCUCAUUCAUAUGGGCUAAUGGGAAGCUAUGAAUAGAGUCACAUGAGCCAGAUUCCCUACUUCACUGUCCACAGAACUCAGAAGGUCGCUGUGGGAAUCCUAACACCAUGGUGAAAAGCUCCUCUGUAAACUUGAAAUCUAGAACAAGUGUAGAUUUUCACAGUGUGCUUAUUAUUAAAUCUAUGGAAUGAUCUUCAAAGGACAUAGAGAUAUGUGAAUUUACUCAUUUUAAAGCACAACAGAUAAGUCUUAAUUUAUUAUUUAAAUUAGAAGGGUACUAUCUCUGGAAGGUCUCCUCAAUUUGAAAUGUACUGCCUUAUACUAUAAUGGCUUCAUUCUGAUUAGUAUUCAAGGUGUAUUAAAUAUCAGUAGCAGAAAAGAUCUUGGUAGUAUAAUCCAUUCCCUCAGUUUUACAGAUAGGGAAAUCUGAAGGUUAUAAAAGGGACUGAAACUCAGCAGUCCAUAGGAGGACAGGAAAAUAAGAGGGAAAGCUGAAUUAAAUCUUAAAUUUAAAUUUUCCUUUAAGGAUAGAGAUGGUACAAGUGAACUUUGCUAAUUAAGUAGUUUUGUGAGAUUAAAAAAACCUACUCUUAAUUAUGUAGUAUUUAUGUAACAAAAGUGGCUUUGUGCAGUUAUUUAAAGAAUAACUUAAACUUUUUGGAUCUGGAUUAAACAUUCUUUACUUUCUCAGACUUGAAAGCUGAUAUCCCUAUUAAUAAUUAACUAAAAAUAUACAUUAUUUUAGUUAUAUAGGAAUGUUUUAAUAUAUCACUUUGAAGCCAGAUUUCUAAAAAAUCUGUUUAUGCAAACAACCUAUCUUUUCCUUCUAGGUUCACUCAGUGUACCUCUGUUAAAAUUUGGAUUUUAACUUUAAAGCCAGUGUUGAUUUAUAAAACCCUUUGAAAUUUUAAAUCUAUGACUAUCUCGCCAAGAAAAAACAUAUAAUCUUAUAGUUCAUUUCAUUCUAGUUGAGCAUCCUCAUUUACAAGUAAGGAAUGCCCAGAAGUAAUAUGCCUGGCAUCAUGUGGUGGCAGUAGCAGACUCAGGCUUGCCUAGAACCCUAGCCUAUUAUGCUGCAGGAUUGCUAAAGGGGUAGGCAGUGAUAGAAAUUAUAUAGGAUAAACAGAGAAAGAAUGAGAGAAGCAAAACAACAUUUUAGGAAACAAGGAAACAAUUGCUUUACUGUACACAUGAAUAACAAGAAAAAAUGGUAUGGGGAAUAUGUGACUAAAUUAAGCAUACUUUAACUUUCUUAUGACUUGAAGAACAAAGGCCUAAAGAGCUAAAAUCCUAAAAAAAGGUUCUCAUAGUAAUAUGUAACAUAGAAAAUAUUAGUGUAACAUCUUUAUAUAAUACACUGUUAGAAAUAACUUUUUUAAGUGUAAAGUUGUGCGUGUCUGCGGCUCUUAAACUUGAAGAGUAUCAUGUAUAAAUUGGACCCUGCCCUAUGUUGUGUAUUAAAAUCAAACCAAAUCCAAAAAAAAAAAAAAA